AUGGGAGGCGUCAUCCUCCUGACAGGCAAGGAAUCGGUGACCUUCAAGGAUAUAGCAAUAGACUUCACCCAGGAAGAGUGGGCCCUGCUGGACACAUCCCAGAGAAAACUGUUCAGAGAUGUGAUGCUGGAAACUAUCGAUCAUUUGGUCUCCGUAGGGUAUCAGAUCUGCAAAUCAGAUGUGAUUUUCCAGUUGGAGCAAGGAAAAGAGCUGUGGAGUGAAGCAACAGUGUUUCUGCAAGACAAGAGUCCAGGCAUGAGAAGUCACCUUAAAAAACAAGAAAUGAUAUUAAUGCAACAGAUCGCCAAGAAGGGCAUAUUCCUCACCAAGCCAAUAAAAUGUCGCCCUCCAGAGGAUCCCAUUGAACAUAUUGAUUUGGGAGAUGAAUUUACUCAGACAUCUGCACUGACUCAACAUCUGUUAAUUCACAUGGGAAAGAAGCCUACUAUGAGUCAACAGUGUGGAAAACCACUUAGUCCAGAUUCAUCCCUUAGUGGACAUAAUGAAAUGUACACUGGGCAUAAAUUAUGUGACUGUCAUCUAUGUGGGAGAGCCUUCAGUAAUUGUGUUAGCCUUAGAUGGCACAAGACGACUCACACUGGAGAGAAACCAUUUAAAUGUCAUCUAUGCGGCGAUGGCUUUCUACAAAGCUCUAACCUUAGAAAUCACAAUCAAAUCCACACUGGAGAGAAACCAUAUGAAUGUCAUCUGUGUGAUAAAGUCUUCAGUCAAUGUCGUCACCUUAAACAACAUGAGAAAAUCCAUGCUGGAGAGAAACGUUAUGAAUGUCAUCAAUGUGGGAAAGCGUUUAGUCAAAGCUCUGGCCUUAGCCAGCACAAGAGAAUCCACACGGGAGAGAAACCACAUGUAUGUCUUGUAUGUGGGAAGGCUUUCAGUCAAAGUUCUGAACUUACACGACAUAACAGAAUACACACCAGAAGGAAACCAUACGAAUGUCACCAGUGUGGAAAUGCCUUCAGUCAAUAUGCUAAUCUUAGACGACAUGAGAGAACCCACACUGGAGAGCAGCCAUAUCCAUGUCAGCUAUGUGGGAAAGCCUUCAGUCAUCGUUCUUCCCUUAAACGACAUGAGGAAACCCAACACUAA